AGUUCACCGGGCCAAACAUCUCGGGUCUGGUGACCGCGGUAACACAGUGAGAAUUAUGACAAUAUGGAAUGCAAAACGGGAAUUUUACCGUUUUUUUCGCCCAAGGAUUGGCGCGAUCACCCCAAGCUUAACAGGAACUUAUGUUGUCAACCGAUUCCACAAGGUGUCACCAUUGACACCCCUUGGGCUUGAAAAACGGAAAUCCGAAGGCAGUGCGAAGAAACUAGAGAACGUGAAUACGCUUCAGUUACACGCCCCCGGGCAUGUAGUACCUAUAGUCUUAUUUGCUGUUCUGAUGGUCAUUCUUGUCGGCAUUUGGCUGAUUUAUCGGACGAAAGCUUCCGAGCGAAGACACAGUUUUGCUCAGAUUAAGAGGCCCAAAAGCGAUAGAGGGUCUGUCGCUCGUUUCUACGAGGAAAGAAGAUAUCUGAAUCAAGGUUCAUCAUUGCGUUCAAGUAACACAAUGGAUGGCACGGAGAAGAGUUCGGUCUUAAAUAAACGCAUUCAAAAGGCUGAAUACUCCUGCGGUACUUGGAAUCACCAGAAUGGCCCGAGAGUUCAAGUCGCUAUGCGCGCACCGUCCGUCCCCAUUGGUCAGCCUCAGACUGUGCAGCCCUAUGGGAAGCUUGAAUUUCCAAAACGAGUACUAACAGAGAGUUAUGGCCUAGAACAAGCGGCUGUCAAGGAGAGCGGCUUAUCUAAAACAAACACCGGAUCUCUCAAGCUAUCGGGUGCUAAGUCCCUUAUUUCGCGCGCACGUAGCAAUAGCGAAGACAAACGUAUUCAGUUGCUCCGAAGACAAUCCUUCACACAAUCCUCUGUGAAGGACAGUUUUUUGUGUGUCCCAUCUAGAAAGUACAGUGUUCGCCCAGAUCGAUUCUCAAUGACCCAACAUCUGCGACUUCCUGUUAGACAGGUCCUAACUAGCACACUCAGACGUAGCCUUGGUGGUGAUGACGACGACUGGAUCAAUGUUGGUCUAUCCUUGUAUGGCAGGGGCCGCAUCGGAUUUUCACUUUCCUAUGUAUGUACAACUGGUCUGUUGGGUGUCACAAUAAACCGACUUGCAGGUGUGCACCAACUAGAAGCGGUAGACAGUCAACUGCCUAGUCAAUCACAAACCUACUUCAUGGUAGGCCUACGCCUGGAAAACUCUCAGCACCCAACCCUAGUCGCAAAGGGCCCGUCAUUUGAAACCACUCAAUUCACGCAUUCCAAGUUAGCUUCGCUCAAUCCAAUUUUUGACCAAUCUUUUUCCUUCCGACUGCAGUCCAAGGAUAUAGACUCUGCGGAGCUUGUUUUUUCAAUACACAAAACAGUGUCACAGUCAUUCAGUCCUUUAGAUGUUAUCGAGCGUCAUCGAAGGCAGUCUGCUGUGUCACUGACCACUGCCGAGAGAAGGCGACUACCAGUGGAGUUCCAUCAGAAAGCAGAAACUCAGUGUUUGGGUGUGGUACGUUACAAACUGAAUCGACACGAUUUGAUCAAUAGACCUGAGGUGCUGAAGGAAUUAUGGCGUGAUAUUGAGCGCAUUACUGAAUUCGAUGAAACAUCUUCCGAAGAAACCAAUGGCACAAGUCCCUUCCAAGCUGCAACGAUCAACACUGCGGAUCUUAGCCAAUUAAGUGGUGUGUCCAAGGAGCACAUUUUCAAAUGGUCCGAAGCAUCAACCCAAACUAAGCCAACCGUUGAAUUAUCCAUUUAUUACGACUUGGGAAAAUCGCAUCUGUUUAUUCGUCUGGAGGAUGCACGAAAUAUUCGUUUACGACGGAAAGAUGCGUACAUAUUUGCAAGGACAGUGCUCUACAAAGGUGACAAAGUAUUUGCCUCAGCUAGAGGGCCAUCUAACAAGCUCACCAAAACUAAUGUACCCUCAAGCCGUACAGAGCAUGGAACGCAAAGUGACAAACAGUUUCCAACGGACCUUUUCCAAUUCCCAAUCGAUGUCGUGCGUAUCUUGGAUGGUACCACGUUGGGUGUAACUGUGUACCUUUGCACAAGAAGUCGACUAGGACUAAGUCAUCUUGUUGGCCAGUGUUCUGUCGGCGCCAGUGGAUUCGUCGGUGGCAAAGGAAACGUACACUGGGAGCAGCUUUUACAAGCAAUUAGAGCAACGCAAAAUGCAGGCAGUUUGGCACCAACUCCGAUUUGCAAACAUUGGCAUGAAUUGUCCCAAGCAUUUCACUAAUUAUCAUAUCAACACAUUGUUAGAGUUUGCGACUUCAGUCGGCCACGUACAGUUCACAACACACUGAUUCCAAUACAUCAACUCGCAUCUGUCUCGUAUCCAUCUGGUUUAGCCGGCCUUCCGCAAAACGAACUCCCGAUUGUAGACUCAACGCUAUCUAAGCAUCCUAGAGAAGUCUUAAUUAUUUGGUCUGUGCCAGGGUUCCUCUUCGUUUCUUAACUUGCAAACGAUGUAAUCACACCGUUUGUCGAAUCUGUACUGAAUUCUUCCUACGCGUGUGUUCGUUCAAAUGAACACUCCACAGUUAACAGAAUUAUUACGGUCAGAACUGACUGCGCGGUCGUCAUUAUGACUACACUUUUCUGGAACUGUCAACGUUGAUGCGGAAUUGCUGCGAAACUUUUCAUUGCAAUCUGAUGAAUGAAUUGCCAAGAUGGUCACGGUAAUUCAGAGCGAGCAGAUCUUCGCCUUGUUGUGCAAUCACUAUUUGUUUAUCAUUCACUUCUAACAAAUGAAAUUGGUGAGUUGCCCCUUCUGUCGUAUACUGGAAAGCCGCAAUGUCACUACCAUCCACGGACAGUGCAACUGUAAACAGAGAAAAUAUGGCUAGCUGCCAUGACAAUACAGUUACCGACACUCAGGUGACCGGAACUCGAGUGCUUUACAUAAAACUGGUUGGCCGGUACAACUACAGGGAACAAUUCCGUUUCAUUGUCGUACCAGCGACUGACCUGAUGCAACAACUGGCCUAGUUAAAAUCCCCGAUCACAUUCUUCCUGGAUUUGUCAUUCCAUACCAACCUCCUUUCAGUAUAAAGGUUGAUACUAUGUGGGUCUCGAAUUGUCGCUUAUCCAAUCUUCGUAAUUUAUCUUUGAUUGAACUGGAAACACUGGCAACUCCAAAGUGUGCAUAUGCUUGAGAAUACACAAUCAGGUG